UGGCGGCCGAGAGAGCAAUGCACAUGAACACAGAGUGCGUGUAAUAAUAUUGAGGAGAGAGAGUUUUGCGCACUGACUUGACUUGCAGAAGACUUCACAAGGAUUUGGACUUGUUCACUUUGUUUCUAUCUGGGAUCUUUCUGCUUGGACUCUCAGACUGGACACUGAACACAAGGAGAAGAGUUAUCAUUGCUAUUAAUUACCAUUAGUAUUGGUGUCGCUCUGAUUGAAUCACACACACCUGACUGAUUAGUGUAAAGGUAAGCCCCAAAGCCUCCAACCUUCUUAUGUCCACAAAAAUGGAGCAGCCUUUUUACCAUGACGACUCUUUCCUCUUGGGUUACGGCCACGCUGACGCCGCGCUGCACGACUACAAGCUCCAGCAGAAGCCCCAGCAUCAGCCUCAGCAUCAGCCCAUGAGCCUGAGCAGCCUGAACGAGCCCUUCCGCAGCCUCAAGUCCGACCCGUUGUACCACGCGUCCCAGGCGGACGUCGGCUCUCUGAAGCUGGCCUCUCCGGAGCUGGAGCGGCUGAUCAUCCAGACCAGUAACGGGGUCCUGACCAGCCCGACGCCGCCGGGCCAGUACCAAUUGUACGGCCACCGCGCCAUCACCGACGAGCAGGAGGGCUUCGCGGAGGGCUUCGUGAAGGCGCUGGACGAGCUGCACAAGAUGAACCAGCCCCCGCCCAACGUGUCGAUCGGCGCGGGCGGGGUGACGACGUGCUCGGUGGCUGCUCCCUCGGCGUUCGGCUCCGCCCUGCAGCCAGACGCUCCUCCGGUCUACACCACGCUCAACCCUUACUGCCCGAGCCUGGUCGCGUCCACGACGACGGCGUCCUCGAGCUACCCGUCAGCCACCAUCAGCUACCACGGAGACGCGUCCACGCACGCGUACCCGAGCGCUCUCACCGGAGGCGUGCAUCCCGCGCAGCGCUUCGUGGCGCUCAAAGAGGAACCGCAGACGGUGCCGGACAUGCACAGCAGCGACGGCUCGCCGCCCGUCUCUCCCAUCGACAUGGAGAGCCAGGAGCGCAUCAAGGCGGAGCGCAAGCGCCUGAGGAACCGACUCGCCGCCACCAAGUGCCGCCGGCGCAAGCUGGAGCGCAUCGCGCGCCUCGAGGACCGCGUCAAGGUGCUCAAGUCGGACAACGCCGGCCUCUCGAGCACCGCGUCGCUCCUGCGCGAGCAGGUGGCGCAGCUCAAGCAGAAGGUCCUGCGGCACGUCAGCAGCGGCUGCCAGCUCAUGCUCACCAGCAAGAUGGAGGCUUUCUGAAAGCAGAAAACUACACACAUGCACACAACCACACACAGACACGCAUCCUUUAUUCACUAACACUCAAAACACUGGAAAGAUUGUCAGCGGACAUUCAUGAUCGCCUCUGAAUGGACCUUUAUGACAUUCUGCAAACAAACGAGCAAAACACGGUACUUCCGUUUGCGGUUGCCGGACACCGUUCACUAGAUCGCCGUGAAGUGAAGCGACUGAGCACACAUGAGCCAAGUAGGCUGCAGAGACUGAGUGUGUGUGUGAGAGAAAGAGAGAGAAAGAGAGAGAGCAGGCCAGUAAUGCCUACUUCAUGCCAAUAACGUUGUUUUUUAAUGUUAUGAUGAUCAAAAGGGAGAUUUGUAUGUAUGUAUGUAUGACGUCAUCUGAUUUCCUGAUACUGUCAUUUCUAUAUGUGUAAAUUAUUGUUUGUUUUACAGUCGGGUUGAUCCUGACUUAACAAUGUCUGAUGUUUACAAUGUUCUUUUUUAUUUGUUGUUUAUUUAAGUAAAAAAAAAACUUUGAAAUAUA